ACUGCCGAGUGGAUCCUCGACUCUGGUGCAACGCACCACUUGUGCACCGACCGAAAUCUGUCAUUUGGUGUGGAGCCUGCGAAAUUGACUAUCAAGGUCGCGAACUCUAAAACAAUUGUGUCUUCUCUCAAGGGGAGCUGUCUACUCCAGAUUUCAGUCGGCGUGAUCAAGCGCAGCAUUCAACUUACAAAUGUGUACUACUCCUUCCUGCUGCACACAAAGGACGAGACAUUCGACAAAUUUUUACUCUUUGCAAAUGAGUUCCAGCGGCAGUACGACCUCAAGAUCAAGGUCCUUCGUACCGAUGGCGGGGGAGAG